GCAACAUUUUAAUAACAACUGUUUUUUUGACCUAAUCACAUUUGUUGUGGUCCAUUAAUAUUGUUCAUAUAAUAAUAAAGUGAAGACGAAUAUCAUGUAUAUUUUAAUAAAUCUGGUCGUCUUAUUGCUCAAAAUAUUAUUUUCAAUCGUGAAGGCUGACAAUCAAUAUUCGUUUCUUUUGUCCGGUUCCAACCUCGAAUGGCCAUCGGUCACAGAGGAGAGCAAUGACAUACUGUAUGGUCGUUAUGAUCCACGCAAAAUACUGGUGCGAGGUAUUCAAAUGGACGGCGAUCGCGCAUACGUGUCUAUGCCCAGGUUCAUGAAAACCGGCGUACCAUGGACAUUGGGAGUGUUCCAUUUAGAAUUUGUCGAUUUUGAACCGGACAUUCGUCCGUAUCCCGAUUACAAUUAUCAUAUGCUGUGCAAUGAUGGCCGUUGUGGUAAUAAUUGUUUGCGCAUUGUGAACGUAGUUGACGUGUUUAUUGAGAGCGGUGUCUUGUGGGCAUUGGACGCGGGCACCACGAACGUGUUCAGGAAACCCAUGCGCCUGGGAUCCGCUCAACUAAUCGGCGUCAACUUGACCACGGAUACGGUGAUCAGGGUGACCGAUUUGUCAUCUGUUACCGGAACGGAUAGCCGGCUCGAGCACGUGGUGGCCAUGCGGACGCGAUGUAACCGUUUGUACGUGUACGUGUCGGACGCCGGCAGACACGCCAUAGUGGUAUAUAACGCAAGGGCCGACCGACUGCACUCGAUACCGUUGCCGGAACGGGUGUCCGUGGCCCAUCACCGGCGCAUCGCCCUGUACCUGAUGCCCGUCAACAAGGCCGAUAAGAGUUACGUGUAUUUCACGUAUCGGCAGAGCGGCACCGUCUAUAUGCUGGACUCAUGGUCCGAGGAAAGCGUGACCCACGGGUCCGUGACCGAGGUUGGCGUCAAACCGGUCGAUAUGCUGGUCCUCGGUACCGACCGGGGCACGAGCGUCUACUUCCGGACGGCCGGCGGCGGCAACACGGACAUUUGGAUGUGGGACGUCAACCGGCCGUUGGACGUGUGCAAUUUCGUGCUCGUCCACCGCACCUACCUGUACCUGACGCCCAUAGCCGUGGUGGCCGGCUGGCGGGGCCUGGUGUGGUCGCUCGAGUCCAAUUACGACGAGUACUUGACUGACAGUGUCGACUGCACCGGCCCCCGGACGCUGUUGAGACCGUUCAAAAAAGUCGUCGAACAUUGUCCCACUGACGGCUGCAGAUGA